AUGGCAAAGAAAGCCAAAGAUACCACAGCUGCUGCUGCAAAGAAAAAGCCAGCCGCUCCACUUGAUCCCGUUAAGGCUAGAAAACUCCUUAGUCUGUUGGGCGCUGUUGCUUUAUUACUAGCUAUCGCUGCUUUUGUACUUCAAUUACUUGCUGUCCUUUCUCACCAUUGGAAAUGGCAAUCGACAAAUAUUGAUCCAUUGACCUCUCAAGAUAGCCGUUAUCCUCGUGCACACAUCUACAACGAUAGCCGCCUUGACCAAGAAUAUGGCUUAUAUUCCCGCAACAUCAAACUCUAUGCUAAUAAUGACGAACAACUCGAUCUCUGGGCAAGCACACGUUUUCCACGACUUGAUGCUGAUGAAGACUCUCUUCAUCGCUGUUUAUCACAAACAUCAACCCUUCGUGGUGCUUUUCUCACUUGUUCAUGUCGAGUAGUUUCACCUGAUUAUUGCCACUGCCGUCGACAUGCCUAUUGGAGCUGGGUGAUCUUCUUCGAAGUUGCAGCAUUGGUUUUGCUUGGUCUUGCCCUCUUGGUAACUGCUUUGGUUUCAACAGAUUUCAAUCCAUUACUCAGAUUAGCAGCUGCUGGCUUGGCCAUACUUGCUUUUCUUUUCUUAUUCAUCGGCCUUAUCUUAAUUCUUUCUUAUCUUAAACGUGAGACUCAAUCUUUAGCUGAUGCUUACCCACAUAUUCACCAACGUCUCACCGGUAAGCUCGGUCUCACUCAUGAACCAUACCGUGGCAAACGUACCAAACAAAGCGUAUUACAUCAAGUUGUUCGUCGUCAAGCACAUGAAACUUAUCGACUCUACCCAUUAGGAGAAGGACAACAUCCACACAAUGCCACACACUAUCAAGAAUUUUCUCAUGAAUUGAACAACUACGUGUUUAAACCAUACUCAGACUUGUAUCCAGGUGGUGCUCCCUAUGCGCCACAACCCCGCCAAAGUGCAAACCAAGCUCCUCAACGUCAACAGUCUACACACAGUAAUUAUGGUCCAGUCAUAGGCUACGAUCAAGUCUUUGACAAUACACGUGCUGGCCUCGGUUGGUCAACUGUUCUAUCGAUUCUCGCUAUGAUUCUUGCAUUACUCUAUCCAUUGCUUCUUGCCUAUGCUUGGUUAACCGACAAGAAAUUGAAUCCAACAACAAAGAAAACAACAACAACGACAACUACCACUACACAGGCCGAAUAUGUGCCGUUAACACAAGAAAUACCAGCUUCAGACGUCGUAGUUUCACGACCAGCCAUUCCAACCGAAUACGAUCAUCGACGUCCUAUUGGAGAGGCUCUCGUGAAAACACAACACGUUCCACAUCCAACCCCCGAAAGGGUUGAAGUUCGUGAUGUCGUUAUCACUGAUCCUGAAGCUCCCGUCGUUCAAACAACAACACACGAGCAGACAACAACAGCCACCAAUGCGUAG